GAUCCAAUAUGGCCGCCAAUAUGGAGGAUAUAGCUUCAGGUGAAGAAGACGACUUUCAAGCAGUAAAAAAGAUAAAAAUGGGUUCAAUAUUUGAAAAUUACUCACAUUCACAACGCAUUAGAAACACUAAGGUGAAAAGAGGGCGUUCUUUGUCGUUGAAAUCGACUCGAACUAAAAAGAAUGCGUCCAGAAAUACGACAAUUUUUGAAAGGAGACCGCAAGAUGUUACGUUAGAUGACAAGAAUCAGUUGAUGUUCUGCCCGGUGUGUCAGCUGCCGGUUCAUCUCCUAAUUGGUCUUUCUCUUGACGGCCACGUUCAAGCGUGUGUAGCCAGUUUUUCAGAGUCUCUAGUUCCUUGUCCAAAUGGUAUAGAUUGCAAGUCUAUGGUACCUGAACAUUUCAAACAAUUUUCUCACCAGCAGCUUGCCAGUUUGCGUAGUUCUACCAUUCCUAAAUGUCCCCAAGUUGCAAGCUCUCCCAGUGCAGAAGCAACUAGUACCAAGCAUGAUAUACAUUCCUGUGUAAAAGAAUGUUCUCAGAAUGCUAUAAAUACUGGUGAAGAUACUUUUCCAAUUGAUAGAUGUGAAAUGGAUACAGAAAGUAGUAUCAAAAGUCACACCCAGUCGUCAGAGAAAGAGAAUUUAGAUGAGGUCAUAAACCAAUGGCUGAAUGAUGAUUCAAUUGAUUAUGAAUCAAGUGGUAACAAUUCUGUACCAACAAAACAGGAAUCUGCAAAUAUGUCAAAUGCUACAAAGCAUUUUACAAGUACAGAAACCAGUCCUGCUGCAAGCUCAAAUACUGUUUUCACAAAUAGUAAUAUGUCAAACACAGGAACAACUGUUACAGGAUUAGGACCAAGUGCAGAAAAGGUCGUUUCCAAUAGAAUAUCCACACAGAGCAAGUCACCAAGAACCACAAAACUAGAUACAAGAUGCAAGAAACAAAUGGAUAUUGGCAUUUAUUUUGGGUUGAAACCAAAACAAAAAGUUACCGAAAAUAAAACUGAGGGUGCUUCAAACAAUGUGUGUGAUGUAUUACAGCCGACUAAUAAACAAUUCAUUGGUGGUGGAAAAUCAACCUUGCAAAACAAGAAGUGCCCAUUUUAUAAGAUAGUUGAAGGUACGUCAUUUGCAGUGGACGCAUUUUCUUAUGGGCAUGUACCUGGAAUAUCUGCUUAUUUCCUGAGUCAUUUUCAUUAUGAUCAUUAUGGUGGAUUAAAAAGAUCAUUUUCCAAACCAAUCUAUUGUAGCCAGGUGACAGCCAAUUUGAUUUCACUAAAGAUUAAGGUAGCAGCAAAGUAUAUUCAUCCACUUUCUAUGAAUGCACCAACUAUGAUUGAAAAUAUAGAAGUCACAUUACUGGAGGCAAACCAUUGUCCAGGUGCCGUGAUGUUUAUCUUUAGACUUCCCAAUGGUGUGACGCACCUUCAUACUGGCGACUUCCGAGCCUCUACAGCAAUGCAGGAAAUAUCUACUCUCAAACAAGCCUCAAUACAUACCUUAUACUUGGAUACAACCUACUGUGAUCCACAUUAUUCUUUCCCGCCACAAUCAGAAACAAUUGAAUUCUGUGCGUCUGUUGCUGCGAAGGCAAUAAAACGGAAUGCCAAGACAUUGAUUGUUGUUGGAACAUACACUAUUGGCAAGGAAAAGAUUUUUACAGCCGUGGCAAACAUUCUUCAAUGCAAUGUGGCUGUUCAAAGAGAAAAAUAUAAUGUACUGAAAUGUUUGGAAUCUGAUCAACUGAAGAAGAUUAUUGUCCAGGAUUACAAAAAUGCGGAAAUUCAUGUUCUACCAAUGGCUCACCUGACCCAUGAGAAACUGAUAAAUCAUCUCAAAUCGAACAGUGCUAAAUACACUGAACUGUUAGCACUAAAGCCAACUGGUUGGACAUUUACUGGCAAUCGGAAUCAAGGAGGUGAACUCAAAAGUAUUAAACCAUCAAAAAGAGGCCAAGUUACAAUUUAUGGUGUUCCAUACAGUGAGCAUAGUAGUUUCAGUGAAUUGAAAGAGUUUGUUCAGUUCAUCAAACCUCAGAAGAUAAUUCCAACCGUGAAUAAUGGAUCUGCCAAGAGAAGAGAAGAAAUGACAGCAUUUUUCAAGUCCUGGCUCAAAAAUUAAGUAUUUUAUUUAGAUGUGUUGAAUGUGAAAUAUAUCAUUUAUACAUUUCACAUACAUCAUAUAUUUUACAAUGUGAAAUAUAUUAUUAUUUUGUAUAAUCUUUAUGUACAGUUUUUUAUAGAAAUGCAAUUUUUUUAUUUUUUCUUGAAAUAUACUCAAAUACAUUUGAAACCUAAUACAACAAUAACUCUAUAAAUAAGUUAUAUCUCUCAUAUAGCCAUUCCAGUUCAAUUUAUUUAACAUUUUGCUAUCAAACUAUAUAUUUUAAUCAUACUUCUGCAUACAGUUCUACACAAUGAUGUCCACUCUAAAUAUCUUUCAACAGUAUACAACCAUUGGUCGAUACACCUUACACAUUCCUGGCAGAAAUAAUAAUUCACUCUUAAUGUACUAUGAUUAGAUAUAUAUAUAUAU